UUAUGUGUCUGUUCUGGCGGUGUGUGUAUGACGGAACCACACUGAAUCCAACGGUAUCAGACGUGAACUGUUCGGAUGAAUCAAAUCAGGGAUACAUCUGGAUUUACACUUAAGUACAACCCAGAGCUCUUUGUCUACGGAAGGUGAAGCCAGACUCAGCACUCUAAAUACCACUCACAGUCAGAAUGGCGCUUCAGCUGAAGAAACAACUAGGACUGAUAGAUGGUAUCAGUUACGUUGCUGGUUCUAUCAUAGGGGCGGGUAUAUUUAUAAGUCCGUCCCCGGUUCUAGCUGGUAGCGGUGGAUCUACUGGACUGGCACUGCUCGUAUGGACCGUGUGUGGGGUCAUAGCCAUGGCAGAAGCGCUCUGCUUCAUGGAAAUUGUACAGAGAGUGAGGAAGUCAGGAGGAGUGUAUAUAUUUAUCUUGGAAGCAUUUGGCGAGUCCUUGUCGUUCGUGUGUCUUUGGAUGCAUUUCCUCGUGCUGAGACCGAUGUCUAUCGCUUUGGGGGCGUUGGCCUCGGCAACAUACCUGCUACGUCCCAUGUUUCCUGAGUGUUCACAAAUGGUACCCGUCUCGGCCGUCAAGAUCAUCGGAACCCUUCUUAUAGUGCUAUAUGUGGUUAUGAACUGCUACAGUAUCAAACGUGCAGCUUCCCUCCAGACAAUCAUCCUAGCAUGCAAGUUAAUAGCUAUUGGAUUGAUAGUUAUUUUUGGUCUGAUUAACAUCGCCAAAGGAAACGAGGAAGAACAUUUGAAAGAACCGUUCAAGGUAGAUGAGGUGAAUAUGAGUGGCAUCAUAUUCGCUCUUUACGUCGGGAUAUUUGCGUAUGGAGGAGGGGAUUCCGCUUUGUUUGCCUUUGAAGAGUAUGUUUCUCCUAGGAGGAACAUUCCGCUCGCCAUUGUGAUUGGUCACACCAUUCCUAUUGUGGCCUACCUGCUAGUCAAUGUUGCGUACUACAGCGUCCUUACAACAGAGGAGAUCACUUCCGGUCUAGCAGUUGCUGUGGCAUUCGCUGAAAAAAGCAUGGGCAUCCUUAAAUGGGCAAUAGUAGCGUGUAUCGUGUUGUCCACGUCAGGGGGUAUAAACUCCAACUACUUCGCUACAAGUCGAAUGAUUUAUGUGGCAUCAAGAGAAGACAAUUUUCCCAAGUUCCUGUCCAUGGUGAAUGUAAAACGAAGAUCCCUAGUGCCAGCGAUGAUGACAAUUUGUUGUCUCGCAGUUGUUAUGCUUUCCAUGAUGAGUCUGCUGUCCACUCUGAAGAUUUACAUAAUCCUCGUGCAAGCUAGCAGAUUCAUAGCUGUGUGUGGCUUGUUUAAGCUCAGGAGAACUCACACACCUAGCAACGUCAUAAAGUUACCGCUGGUUAUACCCAUCUUCUACCUCUUUAUGAUGGCGUCAAUGAUGGUCGUCACCAUAGUAUACACCCCAGAAGUGAUACCCAAGGUUAUCAUCUUUGCCUCCACCGGGGUCCUAGCGAUACUUCUCACAUGGAUUGGCAAACACCGCAAUAGUUCCCUACGAAUGAUCUACCAUAGAAUACACGAUCCAAUUGUGAAGCUAUGCCGAGCAGUUCUGUUGUGUGAAUUUACUGAUAAAUAGUAGUUAUAUAAAGUAUGUGAAGCUAUGCCGCGCAGUUCUGUUGUGUGAAUUUACUGAUAAAUAGUAGUUAUAAAUAGUAGGUGAAGUUGUGCCGAACAGUUCUGUUGUGUGAAUUUACUGAUAAAUAGUAGUUAUAAAUAGUAGGUGAAGCUAUGCCGAGCGGUUCUGUUGUGUGAAUUUACUGAUAAAUAGUAGUUAUAUAUAGUAGGUGAAGCUAUGCCGAGCGGUUCUGUUGUGUGAAUUUACUGAUAAAUAGUAGUUAUAAAUAGUAGGUGAAGUUGUGCCGCGCAGUUCUGUUGUGUGAAUUUACUGAAAAAUAGUAGUUAUAUAAAGUAUGUGCAAUAUGAUACGUAUUGAAAUUGUGAACAUAGUUAAUGUGUAAUAAGAUUAAUGUAAAUGUCAUUAAAAUAUUUUAUGUGUGAGUUGAAGCAUAUAUAAGAAGCUAACAUGUUUGUAUGUGAGGUAUGAUAAUAUGUUGCAUUUCGAAUUCUACUAAAACAUGUAUGUUUUUAUGUGUUGUAUGAUACAUACAGAAUUAGCUUACAAUUCUAUGUAUGUCAUAAUACUUACAGAAUUAGCUUACAAUUCUAUGUAUGUCAUAAUACAUACAAAAUUAGCUUACAAUUCUAUGUAUGUCAUAAUACUUAC